CAAUAUAUCGAUUCGUAAACAAAAAUUAAACAACAUAAAUAGAAUUGAAAUUUCUUUUUUCGUUUUUGUUAGUUUCUCUAAAUUCUUCAAAAAUGAAACCUGACUACAAUGACAUCUUGAGCCCCCUCGUCAUAGCCGUUAUGGUGGCCUAUAAUAGACCAGUGACUCUAGAGGAAAUUGUCGACGGUGUUAUGGACAUAAUUAAGUAUUUACGCGAUCAAAUGGAUCCUGAAAUUUCGAGCUCUGUGAAGGCUACGGGCGAUUCCAAACAUAUUCAUACAUUCCGCAACACGAAGAAGCGACAAUUGCGUUAAUUUAGUUAGUAUAGUUAAGAAAAUUUGUUUGUUGAAAAAGUUUCUAUGAUGUCUAAUAUAAUAUAGUCAUAAAAGUA